AUGCAUAGUGGCACCAUCGGGGUCUCUCAAGCAAUGCAGAUUGCUGCCAACGUAGCUGUUUUGGAAAGGGAAUGUGAUUAUUUUCUUCAGCAUGCUGCCCAACAAUGUGGGAUUCCUGUCAGAUCAGUUGAUAGUCGUCAAGGUAGCUUAAGAGCCAAGAUUGUACUUAAAACUUCAAGGGAUGCUGCUUAUCUUGCUCUGUUGAGUCUUGUAAACUCCAAGUUAGAUGAGUUUAUGUCACUCACAGAAAAUGUAAAUUGGACUUCUGAUGAUGUACCCCAGCAUGCAAAUGAGUACGUUAAUGAGGUUGUUAUAUAUCUUGACACACUUGUAUCCACUGCGCAACAAAUUUUGCCUUUGGAUGCUUUAUAUAAAGUUGGGAUUGACGCUCUUGAGCAUAUUUCUAACUCUAUUCUGGGAGCUUUUCUCAGUGAUAGUGUAAAGAGUUUUAACACAAAUGCAGUCAUGAGCAUCAACCAUGACCUAAAUGCAUUGGAAUCUUUUGCCGAUGAGAAGUUUCAUAGUACUGGAUUGCAUGAGAUACACAGUGAAGGGAGCUUCCGAGGUGCUUGA